UUCACCCUUCUUUAGCAGGCGACCAUGGGGAAAGUGACCACUGCCGUCAGAGCGGGCAGCCCGGGUGGCUUGGGGCCGCGGGGGCGCCUGUAACUUCUACGCGACCAUGGUACCUGUUGAAAACAGCGAGGGCCCCGGGUUGCUGAGCCCCGGGAGGAGAGCGGCCGAGACGGAGGGCAGCGGCGCAGCCAGCGGCAGCCGGCAUCCUCCCUGGGCCAGAGGUUGCGGCAUGUUUACUCUCCUGUCAUCUGCCACAGCUGCUGUAAGUGGCCUCCUGGUGGGUUAUGAACUUGGGCUCAUCUCUGGGGCCCUUCUUCAGAUAAGAACCUUAUUAGCCCUAACCUGCCAUGAGCAGGAAAUGGUUGUGAGCUCCCUCCUCAUCGGGGCUUUUCUGGCUUCCCUCACUGGAGGGGUCCUGAUUGACAGGUCUGGAAGAAAGGCUGCCAUCAUCUUGUCAUCCUGCCUCCUUGGCCUCGGAAGCCUAGUCUUGAUCCUGAGUUUAUCUUACACAGUUCUCAUAGUAGGCCGCAUUGCUAUAGGGGUUUCCAUUUCGCUCUCUUCAAUUGCCACGUGUGUUUACAUCGCAGAGAUCGCUCCACAACACAGAAGAGGUUUUCUCGUGUCCCUGAAUGAGCUGAUGAUUGUCACUGGCAUACUUUUCGCCUACAUUUCAAAUUACGUGUUUGCCAGUGUUACCCAUGGAUGGAAAUACAUGUUUGGCCUUGUUAUUCCCUUGGGAGUUUUGCAGGCAAUUGCAAUGUAUUUUCUUCCUCCAAGUCCCCGGUUUCUGGUGAUGAAAGGACACGAGGAAGCUGCUAGCAAGGUUCUCAGAAAGUUGAGAGGCAUCUCGGAUACAACGGAGGAACUCACUGUAAUAAAAUCUUCCCUGAAAGAUGAGUAUCAGUAUAGUUUUAGGGAUCUGUUUCGAUCAAAGGACAACAUGAGGACCCGGAUAAUGAUAGGCCUGACACUGGUAUUUUUUGUGCAAGUCACUGGUCAGCCAAACAUACUAUUCUAUGCGUCAACUGUUUUGAAGUCUGUUGGUUUCCAAAGCAAUGAGGCAGCCAGUCUCGCCUCCACGGGGGUUGGAGUUGUCAAGGUCAUCAGCACCAUUCCUGCCACUGUCCUUGUAGACCACGUUGGGAGCAAAACCUUCCUCUGUAUCGGCUCCUCUGUGAUGGCAGCUUCAUUGGUGACCAUGGGCAUCGUGAAUCUCAACAUCCCCAUGAACUUCACCAGUAUCUGUAGAAGCCAUAGCCCUAUCAACAAGUCCCUGGAUGAGUCUGUGUUUUAUGGGCCAGGAAAUCUGUCAGCCCAUGAUGACACUCUUAGAGAACUCUUUAAGGGGAUGACUGCCCACACCAGAAACUCCCUAAUGCCCACGAAAAAUGAUGUGGAUAAGAGAGGGGUGACGACCUUUCCAAGUGCUGGACUGAGCCAAGCUGAAUACCAGACAGUCACAGACCCUGCGGACGUCCCAGCUUUCUUGAAAUGGCUUUCCUUAGCCAGCUUGCUUGUUUAUGUUGCUGCUUUUUCAAUUGGUCUAGGACCAAUGCCCUGGCUGCUCCUGAGCGAGAUUUUUCCCGGUGGAAUUAGAGGACGAGCCAUGGCUUUAACUUCUAGCAUGAACUGGGGCAUCAAUCUUCUCAUCUCUCUGACAUUUUUGACUCUGACCGAUCUCAUUGGCUUGCCGUGGGUUUGCUUUACAUAUGCAAUCAUGAGCCUCGUAUGCCUGGCUUUUGUCGUUGUGUUUAUACCCGAGACAAAGGGACGCUCUUUGGAACAAAUAUCAGUGGAGCUGGCAAAAGCGAUGAAAUGGAGGUCACCGACUGUAACAGGAGCUUGGGUUUCCCCCACACAACAGUGAACUGCUCUCUUCUGUAUCUCUCCAGCUGAAUAUUGGGACUCUGUGAGGUGUUUUCCCCAAUUUGGAUAUGAUGACUGAAAAUCUACAAUAAAUAAUCUCGAUCUAUUUAAGUAGUGACCCAUUAAAUUACUAUUAUAAGCUAUGGGACACACACACAGAAACUUAAAGUAUGAAUAAUCUACCUUGAAAAAGAAUAAAACAUGACCGGCCUGAAGAACAGAGAAUCCUAAGAGCCAAAACCCAUUUGUUAUUUAGACUGGAAUUUUCCUAUUGGCCCCUAACAAACUGUGCCAGUUUGAUGAGGGUACGGGAUCUAGGAAUUCCCCUAUAACAAAAUUGAAAGAUUAUAAAUCUAUGUAAGUAACAGUGACACUGUAUUAGCAGAGACUCAGGAGAAUGACUUCAAGUCCUGAUUCUGAAACAUAUUACAUAAUGAGAAUUGGCAGAGAAAGUUCUGAGGAAGGGAGAUUUGAGAUUUUACUUCUACCACAGCUCAUUUCCUAUGCAAGUUGGAGCAUGUUUUUUGUGUUUUAUUUUGGAAAGAGAAAGAAAAGUGUGUUCUGUAAAGGAUCAAUUUAAGAAAUUUAUUAUGAAUCCUCAGCAGAAUUAUAUGCUGAGAUGAUUUAAAAAAAAUCAAGACAGGUAAUUGAUACAAAUUUUUUUCUUUGUCAAGCAUCCCAGAUUGUAAGAUAUUUAACAAAACUGUUACAUGUUCCCUUCGAAGUUCAAAACUGUAUAUAUAUAUUUGUAAUUUCUUGUUUUAGCCAUUCAUCAUAAAUGGGUAGGAAACUGUUCAUAAACUUAGGUUUAUCACUAGUGAUUUCAACUGCAGUAUCUUAAACACUCCUGUAUUUUUCUUUUACUAUCCUGAGUAUGUAACUAAAUAAUUCUGUCUUCAAACAAAUUUCUACCCAAUACACCCUUAACCAGAGCUUUUUGAUUUCCAAAAAUAAAAAAGGGGGAAAACUUAUCAUUUGUAUGUAUAUAUUCACAGUUUUUAUUUAUAAAAAAAAUUUACAGCACUUGUGAAGAGCCAGCAGAAGACAUCAGACGCGCUCAUUCUUCCCAGCUUUGUUCAGUUUAGUGGGUUAUCCGUGACACUUCGCCAGGCGAUGCUCACACAGCAGCCCUGACACCUGACCCAGUUAGAUUGUCUUUCUUCCUUUUUUCUGAGAAAGCAUUUUGAUGAGCUACUGAUUACCUAUUUCUCAAGUUACUUGAAUACUGAAAAUAUUACGAUAUCUGGAUCCACACCUUGGCCAUAUAAUCAUGUCCCCCCCACCCCCAUUUCUCUUUCUGUGAACAUUACCAAACAGGUUACUUAUUACUGUUAGUUAAAGCUAAGUGGAAAAUCUCAAUUUUUAAAAAUAGUCUCCCAGAACCUGUGAUUUCUUUACUGAAUUGUAUCCUCUAUAUUUCAUGGUUUACCCUAUCCUACUGGAUCUUAAAAUGAAGCAAAUAAACACAAUGUAAAAAAAC